CCUCGAUGACUCGUCGAUCGACUGCGAUGUCUGCUGGCUGCGACAUGGCAGCUGUUGUUAAAUAGCUGGUCUGAAGUUUUGGACUGAGGAGCUGGACGGAGGACUUGGACGGUAUGCUGCCAGAUCAGGACGGGCCGAGCGGAGGAGGAGGGCCGCAGGACGGCGGGGGGGUUAAAGAGGACCCUGCGGUGUCUCUGUUCAGGGAAUACAUCCGACUAAAGACCGUCCACCCGGAGCCGGACUACGAUGCUGCUCUCAAGUUUCUGGCCAGGAUUUCAGAGGAGCUUGGUUUACCCAUGAAGAAAAUAGAGGUGUGUCCUGGUAGAGUGGUGACCAUCAUGACGUGGACAGGAACUAAUCCAUCUCUGAAGUCCGUCCUCCUCAACUCCCACACUGAUGUCGUCCCUGUCUAUCAGGAGCACUGGAAGUACGAUGCGUUCGCUGCUGUGAAGGACGCUGAGGGAAACAUCUACGGGAGAGGAACUCAGGACAUGAAAUGCGUCACUAUACAGUAUAUUGAGGCCGUUCGUCGUCUGAAGGCUGCAGGGAAGAGGUUUCCUCGCACCAUCCACUUAACUUUCGUUCCAGAUGAAGAGGUCGGGGGUCAUAAAGGAAUGGAGUCGUUUAUAAAUCACCCAGAGUUUAAGAAGCUUAACGUCGGCUUCGCCCUGGACGAAGGUCUGGCGAACCCCACUGAAGCGUUCACUGUGUUUUAUGGAGAGAGAAACCCCUGGUGGAUCACUGUCCGGUGUCCAGGCAGUCCAGGGCACGGCUCCAGGUUUGUGGAGAACACAGCUGCUGAAAAACUGCGCAGGAUCAUUAACUCGUUCCUGGACUUCAGAGAGAGAGAGAAGCAGCGGUUGGACACGUCCGAGUGUUUCACGCUGGGUGAUGUCACCACUGUUAACAUGACGAUGGUGAAUGGAGGCGUGGCUUAUAACGUGAUCCCUGCAGAGAUGGACGUGAGCUUUGAUAUGAGGAUUCCGCCCACUGUCAAUCUGCAGGAGUUCGAGGAGCAGAUUAAGGCCUGGUGCGCUGAGGCUGGUGAGGGCAUCACAUACGAGUUUGCACAGAAAUUUAUGCACCAGAACACCACGUCCACGGAGGACAGCGACCCCUGGUGGAAAGCUUUCAGUUCUACCUGCAAAGCCUUGAACAUGACGCUGGAGAAGGAGAUUUUUCCAGCUGCCACAGACAGUCGCUUCAUCAGGGCGGUGGGUUUGCCUGCUAUUGGAUUUUCCCCAAUGAACCGCACCCCCAUCCUCCUCCACGACCACAACGAGUUCCUGAAUGAGGAAGUGUUUCUGAGGGGCAUCACAGUGUAUGAGAGGCUGCUGCCCGCGCUGACCGCCAUACCAGCACAGAGUGGAGAGGAAUAAACACACACAUACACGUAAACACACUGCCUGUCCCCUCCUUUCUACACUCACUGUCCACUUUAUCAGCUCCACUGACCGUAUAGUUUCACUCUGUAGUUCUACAGUUACAGACUGUGGGUCCAUCUGUUUCUCUGCACUGUUCUUCAAUGGUCAGGACCCCCAUGGACCCUCACAGAGCAGGUACUAUUUGGGUGGUGGAUCAUUCUCAGCACUGCAGUAACACUGACGUGGUGGUGUGUUAGUGUGUGUUGUGCUGGUCUGAGUGGAUCAGACACAGCAGUGCUGCUGGAGUUUUUAAACACCUCAGUGUCACUGCUGGACUGAGAAUAGUCCACCAACCAAAAAUAUCCAGCCAACAGCGUCCUGUGGGCAGCGUCCUGUGACCACUGAUGAAGGACUAGAGGAUGACCAACAACAAACUGUGCAGCAGAUGAGCUACAGUCUCUGACUUUACAUCUACACGGUGGACUGACAAGGUAGGAGUGUCUAAUAGAGUGGACAGUGGGUGGACACUGUUUAAAAUGUCCAGCAGCACUGCUGUGACGGUGGCCGUUGGUGUAUCGCUGUCAUGCAGCAACCUUGGAUCUCCAUUUCUGUUGUUUUUACUUUUUGGCAGAAUUUUAAAAUUUCAUUUACUGAACGAUUUGUUUUAAAAUUUCAUGAUGACCAACAGAAACGGUCCAGAGUUCCAUUACAGAUGACUAAUGUCUUUUUUUCCUUCGAGAUUUAAGGUUGUUUUCUGACCGCAGUACAGUACUGUGCAAAAGUUUUGGCACCCUGAGGAAGUUGUAUUUACAGAGCUGUUUAUCUGGGCAGUAAUAUUAGAAUAAAUAUAAGUAACAUUGAUGCAGUAAGUAAUGGUUUUAUGUAUGUCAGUGUUUUUGUUUAAACAUUUAAUCAGCAUUAUUAUUCAUAAUAGUAACACUGUUAUUGUCCGAUUUAUAUUCUCCUUCUUUUCUUAUUUUUUGUUAGCGCACAAAGAUCUAUCUCAUACCACAGUUUUCGAGAUAUUGACACCGUUCCAACUCCGGAAUGUUCAGUCUGGUCAGGAAUGGUGUGCUUGUAUACAGCUUUUGAUCCGAUGUACGGUUUUCGUACAAUCUGAGUUAAUUGCCGAAUUUUUUCCAUAGGAAUGAAUGGGGGAAAAAUUGAAUGGCCAUCUUCUGAACUUCUGCUUGACCGAAAACAUUUCUUUCACGUAUACUACCUCAGGGCAGGCCCCAGAGCAUAAAUUCAAUCUUGUUCUGACCCGCACUCAUCCGUUUGUCAUUUUUUUCUCAUCCCUCAUUCCUUCCAUAGACCUCCAUUCAUUUUUUGCCCAGCAGCCCAUAGACUCCCUGCCCAACAGCCACCAAAAUGUAGGUACUCACUCAGGGCAGGCCCCCAAGCUCUAAUCCACAGCCACACUCACCUGCACUCCUCUAUGUGAAGUUUUUCAUCCCUCUUUCCUCCCAUAGACUUCCAUUCAUUUUUGCCCCCACACAAGCCUUAUACUUUCCCUAGCCUUUCCUUAGCCUCUACUCACUCAGAGCAGGCUUGAAUAAAGAGAUCUAGUUUUUAUAGUGUUUUACUGAUAGGGGCGGGGUUAUGCUAAGUGUGGCUCUAGUUUUUAUAUCGUUAUAGUAUU